UCUCGUGUCGGCUGUUUAAAAUGGGAGUCGUUUUGAGGAACCUCCAGAAGGUGGUGCCUCUUCGGCGCGCCAGGCUGCGCAGGGACGUGGUCACGCUGAGACAGAUACUGGGCAUCCAGAAGUUCGACCUGGGUAUCAUCUGCGUGGACAACCAGAAGAUGCAGCAGAUCAAUCACAUCUACAGGAAGAAGAACACACCCACGGAUGUCCUGUCUUUCCCAUUCUACGAGGACCUGAGGCCCGGGAAGUUGCCCUGCCCCCUUCACAGAGACGAGCUGAACCUUGGAGAUAUCUUCCUUGGGGUGGAGUUUGUGAUGAAGCAGUGUCAGGAGGAAUCCCUGGAUCUGCACGGAGCGCUGACUGUUGUCACUGCGCACGGGAUCUGCCACCUGCUGGGCUACAGGCACGAGACAGAGGAAGAAUGGACUGAGAUGCAGCAGAGAGAAAACUACAUCCUGAGCGAGUACAGCAGACUCACAGGCCGACACCUAGACCCCCUGAUGAAGAGGUGCAGUCAGGACAGGUGACCCUGACUGCUGCCUGCAGGCCUGAGAUUAAAUAUUGCACUAUGUGAUGGUGGAAACUGCUUCUA